AUGCUCACUGACAAGCAGCCAAAGUCGACGUUCAGCAGCCCGAGCUCGAACGGCCCAGCACCGCGCUGGAAUGGCGACAGCAAUGACGUGUCGGCGCUCUUCCCGGUCAACUUCUUGGAGCCCACGACGCCCGAGACGUUUCUAGAGCUGGAUCCCGCCGGCUUCUUCACACACAAUAGCAACAGCAGCGCAAGCAAAGGAACUUGCAUGUCUGCCGGAUUCGUCAGGACGUCUUCGUCUCAACCUGCUGUGAACGGCUGCUGGCUGGAGCCGUCGCGCGAACCAUGCACGGACGAGAUUCCGUGGUCAGACUUGGUAUUCUGGCUGGGCAAUGCGUCAACGGGCGAGGUGGUGUGCUCGUGCGCCCAGUGCACGCGGCGAGUUAUGCGGGGAUACAACGCGAAUCUUCUGCGCCAGCAGCGCUACUCGCCGUAUCAGCAGCAACAACUACAACAGCAGCAGAGGCGGCGAGUCUCGUCACGAGUGCCAGUGAUCAACAUGCCACGCAUCGAGGGCGUCAACUGA